UCCUUUGCCCCCCCUCUCUCGCUCUCGCUCCCAUGGAAGCACCGCACAUUCAUCCGCCAAUGGACGUCCAUGAGCCCGCCCCGCCGUCCCCGCUCUUCUCUGACAUUUCCCCACACUUCCCACUGUCCAUUGCGGACGCCGGCGCCGGCGCGCUGGACCUCUCCUUCACCUCCACCGCCUCCGCAUCCACCUCCUCCUUCACCACCGCCACCACCUUCAGCGCGCGGAGCUCGCUCUCCCUGCCGUCCUUCUCCUCCUCCACCUCGCUCUCGCCGCGCCCGCACUCGUCGUCCACCUCCCAGCACUGGACGCACCUCGCAGCCGCCCGCGCCGCCACACCGGACGGCGUACUCCGCCUUGCCCACCUCCACCUCGUCCGCGAGCUCGGCCAGGGACACCUCGCGCGGGUCUUCCUCUGCCGCCUCAAGUCCUCCCCGCCGGCCUCGCCGCUCUUCGCGCUCAAGGUCGUCGACCUCCGAGACGACGAUCCCUCCCGUGUCUGCCACGUUCUCGCCGAGUCUCGCGUCCUCUCGUCGCUCGACCACCCAUUCGUGCCCACCCUCUACGCGCGCCUCGACGCCGGACGCUACGCCUGCUUCCUCAUGGACUACUGCUCCGGGGGCGACCUGCACUCGGUGCUCCGCCGCCGCCCCGGAGGCCGCCUGCCCGUCGCAGCGGCCAGGUUCUACGCCGCCGAGGUGCUGCUCGCUCUGGAGUACCUGCACGUGCUCGGCUUCGUGUACCGCGACCUCAAGCCGGAGAACGUGCUGCUCCGAGGAGACGGGCACGUGGUGCUCUCCGACUUCGACCUCGCGCUCCCGGCGUCCGUGGAGCCCGCCGUCCGCCGGCGCCAGGUGCGGCAGCAGAGCCAGCGCCGCAAGAGGAGCCUCCUGCCGUCGUGCUUCUCUUCCAACCGCGGCAGCGACGAGGACGACGUGGACGCGAAGGAGCGGUUCGAGUUCGUGGCCGAGCCGACGGCCGCCAACUCCAAGGACUGCGUGGGCACGCACGAGUACCUGGCGCCGGAGCUGGUGAGCGGGAACGGGCACGGCAACGGCGUGGACUGGUGGGCCUUCGGGGUGUUCCUGUACGAGCUGGUGUACGGGCGCACGCCGUUCAAGGGCCCCGCCAAGGACGUGACGCUCAAGAACAUCCUGUCGAAGCAGGUGACGUACCCGAAGCUGGACGGCGAGGCCGAGGCGGCCGCGCAGCUCAAGGACCUCGUCGGCAGGCUGCUGGAGAGGGACCCGCGGCGGCGCAUGGGGUCCGCGCGCGGGGCGGCCGAGAUCAAGCGGCACCCGUUCUUCGCGGGCGUGGACUGGGCGCUGAUACGGUGCGUGACGCCGCCGGUGGUGCCGGAGGCCGACGCCGCCGCCGCCGCGUCCCCCGCCUCCGCCGCUAGGCAGGCGAAGCUCGGGAGCUGGAACAGCCUGGGCGGCAGCAGCUUCAAGAAGAGCAGUAGCUUCAAGAAGAGCAGCAGCUUCGGGAGGAGGUCGAGCUACGAGGAGCGGCAGGGGGUUUUCCGCAAGCUGAUGAGCUGGAACCAUGAGAGCCGAUCCAAGAAGACCAAGACGAGCAGAAUGAAGCCAUGAAUCUGUUCCAGUUCCUGUGUUUUUUGCUGCGUGCGUUCGUUUUAAUCUGGUAAAUUAGGGUUCGUGGCGUGUAUAGAGUAUAGAAGUGGAAGGGAUCGCGAUCGAUCGGCGAGGCUGUGAGGAGCAGGAGGAGAGGAGCUUUGUAGCUUGUACAAAGAUCGAGGCGAUGUGUGUCACUGCGUUGACAUGGUUUGAUCCGUGCCCGUAUAUGGAGAAACUUCAUCCCUUGUUCA